AUGUCUGUACAAUGGGAGGUGACAUCUUUGAGUAUACGCACAAGUGAGGCCGGUACUUCUCUAUUUGCGAAUGGCCAGAUGCAAGUAGCUGCGAACGUCUUGAUCAAGGCAAUAAAUCCAGUCAACUACAAUCCAUACAUGUUGACAGCGGCAGAGCUAGCAAAAAUUGACCUAGUUGACUUUUACAACACUGACGAGAAGCUCACCGGCCCUUGGAGGUUUACCUCUGUUGAGAAUGAAUUUUCACACACAAUGCCUCCAGGUACCGGAUUUGUCGCCAACGUUGAAGAUCCUCCUACACAGCCAUUGAUGGCGGACCAAAGUAAACGAUAUUGGGUCAGCACAACAAAAGCUGAAGUCAAGAGCGUUGGAGCACGCAUUGCCCAACCGAACGGCAAAGUGAUCACAACCCGCAGUCCAGAAAACGACUCUUACAUUGCUUUUCGGGGCUACCAGGAAAUCCGAUAUUCUUUAUCCAAUUCCGAAUGGUGGAGAGAAGAUACCGCCAGUGGUAGCGGCUGGGAUCAGGACAACUAUUUCCUCAGAAGCAGGGUUCACCCGUUCAUCAGAGCCGACCGCAGUGGCUAUAGAAAUGACAGUUUUGCCGUAGUGGGAAUGCGCAACAGCGUUGCAUAUCAUCGUGCAGGUCCAGACUUACACUACAUGUGGCCUAUGGGGGCAAGGGCGACUGUAAACGCUGGAUUGACGCACUACGCCGAUGGAAGGGUGCACCCAAAGGCUUGGUCAAAAAACAUUGUUAUCAGACAGCAUGCAAAUUCUCUAUGUCUUACUCGCUUGAAGACGUCCGGUCCACUUGGAAUUUGGGAACUUGGUUGGUGGUUUUAUCCUACGGCCACAAUGUACGACCAGUAUGGUAAUUCAGGCAUGUUUGAAUUCGGGGUUAAUGAAUACAACACAAUAUCCGUUCACAACCGCGGCACGAAAUCUUCCCCUCCGUCCGAUACUCCCCAUUAUGAAGACGAGAAGACUACUCCAGGUGCGGAAGUCGAUGAGAGCGAAUCAUAA